UUAAACCCAGACGAAACCUCCGAUCGCCUUCCUCUACAUACACCUUAUACACGGCGCUACACAUCCCCCCCCCCCUUUUAAUCAUCUCUCGAUGACUCUAAGCCGUUUCUCCGACAACCACAAACGGAAAUUCGACGAUAACGGCGUCGUUGAUAUCCUCCACAGGAUGAAGAGGCACGAGGUCGACGCCGAUCACACCUCCCCGUCGCAACAACCUUUCAAUCCCUGGAGAUCCGAUGAGAAUUCCGCCCAGAAUCGGUCGUCGUCACCCGAAGAGUCUUGUUCCUCCUCGUCCUCGUCCUCCUCAACAACUGAGUCGUCAACUCGCUCCGAGUCAACUCGGUUACAGCUCUUCGUGAGGAUGAUGUCCGGAGGGAAGACGAUGGUGAUCCACGCGGAGAAAAACGACACCGUGCUGGAACUCCUCGCCAGAACCAGUCUGAAGACCAAGAUUCCGGUGAUGGAGCAGCGUGUUAUCUACAAAGGGAAACAGCUGGAGGAUCAGCAUUCGUUGAGCUACUACUCCAUCGAGCAAGACUCUUCGCUACACCUCGUUGGUCGUAUGCGGAGCACGGCGCACCCCGUGGCGUGCCAAGUUGUUGAUGAUAUUAUGUACAUUGUCUCUAGAAUGCACAGAGGAGGAGGAGAGAACAACCUCCCUCCUCUCCCUCGAGGGAUGUCGAUCAACGAGAAGGUUUCUUCGUUCUUUUCGAUGAUACCUGUGGAAAAUGAUGAGAAUUCUAAUGAGGAUUAUAUCCAUUCUACUGAGAACUAUCUCAAGAUCUUCACAAGCUCCUCGGUUCCAGCUGCUCUUGUCAUGUUGUACUCCUCUUCAUUAGAAACUAACAGAUCAUGUGGGGAGAGUUCGAUCAUGCUCUUUUUGAAUAGUUGCUUAUCAUUGCCUGAUAACCAGCAGAGCUGUUGUUUUCCUGUUGUGUUGGAGUUUUGUAGAUUGCUUAGGAGAGUCUCCCUUCACAACAAGCUUUACGGGUCGUGCCGGAACACGUUGGGAUCAUUGCUUGAAACGGUUCAGGAGCUUGUUGAUAAGGCUGGGACGACGUUUACUAGUUUACAUUAUAGAUUGUUGACUGUUGGGGAAGAGAAUUUCCUUUGUUUUAGCGAGUUAGCUAAUCUUAUGGAUCAACAGUUGGUUGAUGAUAACUUAGGGCCUAGUUCGUACGACGUUCAGAAAUUCUCUUCCUUUUGGAGACCCUUGAGGUAUGCUAUUGAUUUCCAGCUUUCUAGCUUAAUCCCCAUAGCUCUGCCUCUGAGAAGUACUGUAUUGGAGGCGGAGGUCGGGCGGGUUUGGCAGAUAUUUGGGAGGUUGUUGAAUACAAUGAAUAUCUGUAUGUUGAAAAUCGAGUCUAAGUUGGGUGGAAGAGGAGUUGCCAACACUGAAACUAUGGCUUUGAAGUGGGGGCAGUAUCUUAAUAUUCUGAAGAUUGUCAGCUCAAUGUCUGAACUCUAUCAAGGUGGUAAGGAACAGGUUGUUAGUCUUAUUAAUUCCAGGAAGGUUCCUUUCUGCGCCCUCAUUUUGAAGUUUGUGAAAAGAGGGGAUGAUCACGCGUGGAUCUCUGAGUACAAGGAAGCUACAACUUUUGAAUGUAGGAGGCAUUUGGCAAUGAUGUUGUUUCCUGACGGUAAAGAAGACUAUGAGGAGAUGCACGAAAUGCUCAUUGAUCGGUCCAAUUUGUUAGCUGAGUCAUUUGAGUACAUAUCAAAAGCAAGCCCUGGGGGACUUCAUGGUGGACUGUUUAUGGAAUUCAAGAAUGAGGAAGCUACAGGUCCUGGUGUGUUGAGAGAAUGGUUCUACUUGGUAUGUCAGGAGCUAUUUAGUCCGAAAGGAUCUCUAUUCCUUCGAUCCGCUGAUGAUUGCAGAAGAUUCUCUCCAAAUCCAGCAUCCAAGGUGGAUCCAUUGCAUCUUGAUUACUUCAAGUUCACUGGUCGUGUGAUUGCUUUAGCUUUGAUGCACAAUGUUCAAGUUGGGGCGCUAUUCGAUCGCGUCUUCUACCUACAGUUAGCCGAACAGACAAUUUCUUUGGAAGAUAUCAAGGACACGGACCGAAUCAUGUACAACAGCUGCAAACAGAUUCUAGAGAUGGACCCAGUGUUUUUCGAUUCAAACGCAGGUCUUGGUCUAACUUUUGUGUUGGAAACCGAGGAGCUAGGAAAAAGGGACACAAUAGAGCUUAAAAAAGACGGGAAAUCCACAGCUGUUAGCAGCGAGAACAGGGAGGAAUACGUCAAGCUCCUAAUCAGUAAACGAUUUACCACAUCAGUCUCUGAGCUAGUAAAGAAAUUUUCAGAGGGUUUCUUUGAUAUACUUUCAGUUCCUGUUCAGUCUUUCUUCCGUCACUUACAUCUAGAGGAUUUUGAUGGGAUGCUUCGUGGAGGAGAGAACCAGAUAAGCGUAGAUGAUUGGAGAGCACAUACAGAGUACAACGGGUUCAAAGAAACAGACCGCCAAAUAGACUGGUUCUGGAAGAUUUUGAGGAAGAUGACAGAGGAAGAACGGAGGAGUAUACUCUUCUUUUGGACAUCGAGUAAGUUCAUACCAGUGGAAGGGUUUAGAGGGUUAUCAUCAAAGCUUUAUAUCUACAGGAUACAUGAACCUAAUGAUCGUCUUCCGACGUCUCAAACUUGCUUUUACCGUCUGUGUUUCCCAAAAUAUCCGACGUUGGGUCUCAUGGAACAGCGACUAAGGUUCAUCGCUCAAGAUCAUGUCAGCUCUAGUUUCGGUAAAUGGUGAAUAAAUUAUCAAAGUGAUAUCUCUAUCUCUCUGAUAUUUAGGCUCUUAGAUUGGUGCUUUUGGUGUAUAUAUCAUUUAUCUGUGCUCAGCCGCUGUUUAUGACCGAAUUAGAAAGGUGAAACCUUUCUUCAACUUCUGCUUCUUUAACUUAUGGAUAAUUAAUUAAUUAAUUUUAUGGUAGGGGG